CGUCUCCCCUCUCCACCUGCAACUGUUUCAUCUUCUCCCCCUCACCUCUCUGUGCCCUCUCCCCCCACUCUUUCCCCGGAAACAGAAAGUAGCUCCGGCGAGCUCCGAUCUGGUUGACCCGGCCACUGACUCAGUGAGUGGGUACAGCAACAGAGGUCUUCAUCUUUCCUUUCCCCAUUUCUUUUUCCGGCAAAAGCUACCGUUUCUCGGGCCUUUGCUUUACCCUUUUCCUUUCCCUUUAUCGCCUUUCAGAAGGGAAAAGAAGGACAGACCUCAUCCCACCUCUCUGCCUUUUCUUCUUCUUCUUUAUCUUCUCCGGCCAUCUCUGUUCUGGUUCUUCCUUCCUUCACCCUCUGCUGCCUUUUCGUACACUCCCUUCACGCUCGGCUCAUUGCGGCUCUGUUUCUCCCAACACAGCACAACAAACCCACCCCCCCCCCGCUCCUCCUCUGCUUUUCCCCUUUUUCUUUCUCUGCUCGAAAUCACCUCUCCCUUUCAAGAACUUUAUCCCGACUCACUUUGGUGGUUGAUUUCAUCCCUCAGCUUGAAGUUUCUCCGCAACUUGACCACCGGACCUUCCUUUUUCUUUUCAACCCACCCCCACCAUCUUUAAUUAUUCCCCCUCGUGUACUGUCCAGUAACAGAAGAAUCUCGUUUCCUCCCUUUUCUUCCCCCCUUUUGGCCCUCUAUUUCAACCCCACCUUGUUCUGGCCUUCAAGCGGUAAUGGUGAGGGCUUAAUCUGGUCGGAGAAGGAAAUCCAAGUCGAAAGCAUUAAUUCCGCCAUGGAAACGAGAUCUUUACCUUCAGGAGUUAAGUUCUCCGAGCACCGUACCCACAGUAAAAUGACUGUACUCGGGUCCUCCGAGGACACGAACACAAGUUACCGACCCGAAAUCAGGCCCCGGGUAGUGCGGGUGUCCUUCACGGACCCCGACGCCACCGACUCCUCCAGCGACGAGGAGGCGGACACCACCCCACGCCGGAGGCUGAAGAAAUACGUCCACGAGAUCGCCAUCGAGCCCUGCUCGAGCAAGCCUGCCAUGGCUCGGCCGCCGAGGAAGAGGGCCAACGGUAAAUCGAACAUCUCGGCGAGCAGGCUGGAGAUGAAGGCUGCCCCUGGGCGGAAGUUCCGCGGCGUGAGGCAGCGUCCUUGGGGGAAAUGGGCAGCGGAGAUCAGGGACCCGUUGAGACGCGUGCGGCUGUGGCUGGGCACUUACGAAACGGCGGAGGAGGCCGCCUUGGUGUACGACCAUGCCGCCAUCCAGCUACGGGGGCCCGAUGCGCUCACCAACUUUACCAGUCCACCGCAGAAGGCCGCCGAAAAGGGCCCCGUCAGCUCUCCCACAUCCGUCCUGCGGCCUCUCUCACCGGAGCCGACCGAGUCUCAGUCCCACAGUACGAACGACACUCCCAAGGAGGCCCGCGAAAGCUCCUGCUCUUCGGAGAACAAUAUCUCCAAUUACUCCUGCUCGUCGGAGAACUUCUCGGACUACUCCUCCCUCGACAGCCUGGUGCCGCCGGCCGACAUCUUCGAUUUCCAUUUUGAGGACUCCUUCCCUAGCCUGUUCGAGGACUCCGGCUUCGGGGAGAGCUUCCUCGGAGACAACCUCGGCGACCUGUUCAUGAACCCGGCCGAGGAUUUCGGGUUCGGUUUUGGGCUCGGAUCAUCGGGGUGGAACAUGGACGAUCAUUUCCCGGACAUCGGGGAUAUAUUCGGGUCGGACCCGCUCCUAGCAGUAUAAUAAUGCGUGUCAGUAAAGGCCGGUUUCUCUUCGGCCGGAAAAUUUUGUAGCUACGGCGGCAAUGUUACCGUCCCGUCUAAUUAUUUUUUGUCUUCACUUAUUUAUUUAUUUAUUUAUUGCUGAUAAAUAUUGUAAACCGUGAGAGUAAUGAAUCAUCUCCGUCACGGUAACGGCGACGGACGAGUCCGUUUGAGCAAAUUGUUCGUCUUAGUAACGCACGUGCUUGAGCACGUGAGAGUAUAAUAUUUUGACUUUUUGAGACCC